UAAGAAAAACAUUUGUUUUAAAUAAAAAUGAUUCGCAAAUUGCAUUGCAUACUGCGACUAAACAGCACAAUUACUCAAAGCAUAUAUAGACAGCGGGCCCCAACGGUCCAUUGCAGAAAUUAUGCAACGGAUGAAGCAAAUGCGAAUCAUAAAAAUGACAGCUCCAAUACGAAAAGAGGAGGAGCUGCCGGCUCGUCGAAAAACCUGCCCAGCAUACGAAAUCCCUUUGCAGCCGCUCACGAGAAGACCAAAAACUCCUAUCUGACAAUGGUGGAAAUCUUUGAAGAACGCGAUGUGCACCGGCGCAACCAUGUAGAGUUUAUCUACGCCGCAUUGAAGCACAUGCCCGACUUUGGAGUCGAGCACGAUCUGGAAGUCUACAAGGCGUUGAUAAAUGUUAUGCCUAAGGGAAAGUUCAUACCAACCAAUCUGUUUCAGGCCGAGUUCAUGCAUUAUCCGAAACAGCAGCAAUGUAUUAUCGACCUGCUCGAGCAGAUGGAGGACUACGGCGUCAUGCCCGACUACGAGAUGGAGGCAAUGCUGUUGAAUGUGUUCGGCAACAAGGGACAUCCGUUGCGUAAAUACUGGCGCAUGAUGUACUGGAUGCCCAAGUUCAAGAAUUUGUCACCCUGGCCCCUACCUGAUCCCGUGCCCGACGAUACGCUGGAAAUUGCGAAGCUGGCUGUGGAGCGCAUGUGCACAGUGGAUCUACGUUCGAAAAUCGAUGUGUUUGAGACAAGCGAGAUCAAGGACUCGUUGGAUGACACAUGGAUUGUGAGUGGCAUGAGCCCCGAACAGUCUAAGCUGCUGCGUGAGCACUCCCGCCAGAAGGCGCUCUAUAUUGAGGGGCCGUUCAACAUAUGGAUACGAAAUCGACGCAUCAAUUAUUUUACAUUGCGCGCCGAUGCGGACCCAGAGUUCCUUGCGCAAUUGGACAAAGCCCAGGUGGAUGAAGAUGAUGUGACCCAGAUUGGUGUGCCGCUCUUUGGACGUGCGCCACCACGUCGCCACAAUCAGUUGGGCAAAGUUCGCUCGGUACAUCAGCAGGACGAUGGAACUAUAUUCGCCAUCUGCGCCACGGGGACCUCCACCAAGGACUCGCUGCUCUCAUGGAUUCGCCUGCUGGAGGCACAUGGCAAUGCGUCGCUGGGCGAAAUACCCGUACUCUUUAGAUUCACAUCCACUGUGCCCGCCAAGGCCGAGCAAAUCGAGGGCCCCUCCAACCUGCCAGCACACUCCAGUGAUACAAGUAGCAAUAAGGAGCAGCCGGACAGUAGACCGUAGUGAGUUCACUAAAAUAAAAUAAAAUUGCCGAGCAA